GUACAGAAUUGUUUGGGUAUCGGUCCUAACAGUAUUCCGUUACAAUGUACUGUAAAGUGUAUCUCUUUCUUUCUUUAAUUUGAGUAUAUGUAUGGACAGUGAAAAUCCUAUAUUAGUGUGUUAGGCUGAUGCAUAAUGAUUGAAUGUUAGCUCUGUCUCCAUCUGCUGGCAUUUACUAGUAGACUCACUGUGGUCAUUAAAGAUCCCAUGGCAUUUAUCAUACGAGUAGGGGUGUUAACCCUGGUGUCCUGGCUAAAUUCCCAAUAAGACCCUCAUACCAUCAUGGCCACCUAAUCAUCAUCCCCAGCUUCCAAUUGGCUCACUCACCCCCCCUCUCCUCUCCCUUGUAACUAUUCCCCAGGUCGUUGUUAUAAAUUACAAUGUGUUCUCAGUCCAUUUGCCUGGUAAAAUAAGGGUUAAAUACAAAACUAUGUUUUAAAACUCACUAAUGAAUCCCUCUUGAGCAAUAUUGGAUAGAUCAACAGCCAGAGAGAAUGGUACCAAAAUACAGGCCUGACGUAUUUUACAAAAAAAAAAAAUAGCUUAAUGAUUACUGGUAUUUGGACGUGCUGUACCAAUCAACGAGAUCUGUUAUCAAUAAUGGCCUAGGGUGAUAUCAUAUUAAUGCUGCUGCAGAGAGCGAUGAAAUCCCCCAGCACGAACCGGUGAUUGCUACCCGGGGAAUAAAUUAUCCAGGCAGCAGGCGCUAGAGAGGACCCCCCCCCCCCCUUCCCCUUCCCCCAACUGUCGAACAGAAGGAAUCUCAUCUAUACACUACCGCGUCCGGUGGAACAUCAUGUCUGCUAUGAGGACGUUGACGGUCGCGGGAUUGUUUCUGGCGUUUUGCGCGUUGGGACUCAUAGCAGUCGCAAUAUGUACUGACAAUUGGUACGAGACGGAUGCGAGGAGGCACAGGGAACGUUGUAAGAAUUAUUCCAACAAAAGGAACGACCCUGGAUUCAUCUAUAUCUCCAACCAGAACCUCCCACUCCGUAUGCUACCGAAGGAGAAUAACGUGGAGAGGAAGAGGUCGAGUGGAGGACUCCUCCUGCGGGCUAAGCGGCACUUCUUGCCCCCCGCCCCGGCCAUGGAGUCCCUCUGCAGUCGGCAGUACAACUCCACCAUCUCCGGGCUGUGGAGGAAAUGUCAUCGGGAGGGAUUCGACCUGGAGACAGAGGAUCUCAUCUUUAAAGGUUUAGUUCAGCGCUGCACACCAAUAAAAUACUACUACUAUUCUUUAGCCCUCCCCAGAAAGCUGAGCAUCAAUAUAAUCAAGACUAUUCGUCAGGAUGAGUGGCACGCACUCCACCUGCAGAGAAUGACAGUCAGUUUCAUCGGCAUGGCUGUGUCCAUCAUCCUGUUUGGCUGGGUGAUCGGAGCUCUGGGCUGCUGUCAGCAGCAUGACCUGAUGCAGUACGUAGCGGGACUGCUCUUUCUCAUGGGAGGAACAUGCUGUAUCAUCUCUCUGUGUACAUGUGUAGCAGGGAUCAACUUCCAACUGUCCCGUUAUCCUCGGUAUAUGUAUGGGAUCCCAGAGGACAUCAGUCACGGAUACGGCUGGUCCAUGUUCUGCGCAUGGGGGGGCCUAGGUCUCACCCUAUUGGCCGGCUUCCUGUGCACGCUGGCUCCUUCCCUCUACCCCCCCGUGCCUCACACUAUGGUAGAGAGGCUGCAACGCAAGCCUCGACAUGAGAACGGCUGUGUGUGACACCAUAGAAAUAGAAUUACUAUUUGACUUCAAUGGGAAUGUUCAUUCUAGUAAUGGGAAUGUCCAUUCUAGUAAUGGGAAUGUCUGUUCUAGUAAUGGGAAUGUCCGUUCUAGUAAUGGGAAUGUCCAUUCUAGUAAUGGGAAUGUCCGUUCUAGUAAUGGGAAUGUGUGUUCUAGUAAUGGGAAUGUCCAUUUUAGUAAUGGGAAUGUCCAUUCUAGUAAUGGGAAUACCCAUUCUAGUAAUGGGAAUGUCCGUUCUAGUAAUGGGAAUGUCCGUUCUAGUAAUGGGAAUGUCCGUUCUAGUAAUGGGAAUGUCCGUUCUAGUAAUGGGAAUGUCCGUUCUAGUAAUGGGAAUGUCCGUUCUAGUAAUGGGAAUGUCCGUUCUAGUAAUGGGAAUGUCCGUUCUAGUAAUGGGAAUGUCCAUUCUAGUAAUGGGAAUGUCUGUUCUAGUAAUGGGAAUGUCUAUUCUAGUAAUGGGAAUGUCCAUUCUAGUAAUGGGAAUGUCCAUUCUAGUAAUGGGAAUGUCCAUUCUAGUAAUGGGAAUGUCCAUUCUAGUAAUGGGAAUGUCUAUUCUAGUAAUGGGAAUACCCAUUCUAGUAAUGGGAAUGUCCAUUGUUGUAAUGGGAAUAUCCGUUCUAGUAAUGGGAAUGACUAUUCUAGUAAUGGGAAUGUCCAUUCUAGUAAUGGGAAUGUGAAUGACCAUUCAAGUAAUGGGAAUGUCUGUUCUAGUAAUGGGAAUGUCUGUUCUAGUAAUGGGAAUGUGAAUGUCCGUUCUAGUAAUGUGAAUGUCUGUUCUAGUAAUGUGAAUGUCCGUUCUAGUAAUGGGAAUGUCCAUUCAAGUAAUGGGAAUGUCUGUUCUAGUAAUGGGAAUGUCCGUUCUAGUAAUGGGAAUGUCCGUUCUAGUAAUGGGAAUGUCCGUUCUAGUAAUGGGAAUGUCUGUUCUAGUAAUGGGAAUGUCCGUUCUAGUAAUGGGAAUGUCCAUUCUAGUAAUGGGAAUGUCCAUUCAAGUAAUGGGAAUGUCCGUUCAAGUAAUGGGAAUGUCUGUUCUAGUAAUGGGAAUGUCCGUUCUAGUAAUGUGAAUGUCCAUUUGAGAAUGUCUGUUCUAGUAAUUCUAUUUCUAUGUGUGGCACUCUGCCAAACCUUCAACUCCCAGUGACAGGAGUGUGUGACCGUGUCAGUAUCUGCCAGACUUUCCAGUGACAGGACACUCAUCCCUCUUGUCCCUUUGACAGUCAGUCAUCCCUUCCUCUGAAAAAAAUAUGUUGAUAUGUGCUGGUCUGACUGGACUGGGGACGUUACCCAGGGACUAAGAAGUAAGAUCUGUCAGACACACAGCAUUGAUUGCACAAAGAAAAGAAACAGACAAAAAUAUUCUGUCUCUCAAGCUUGAAGGGAAUUUGUUAGGGUUGGAUGAUGACAGUUUACUGAAGAGGAUUUCAAAUCUUCUUCUGGUGCUUUCUUUUCUUCUGUCCUCCUCCUCCUCUUCCUCCUCCCUAACCAAAACUGUCAACAGCUACAGAAUUAUAUUUCUGUCCCAUAAUGAAUUGUGUAGUGGAGAAUUUACUCUAGUAAAUAUCUUCCUGUACCUUUGACCUUUGAUGCUGGUUCUACAAAAUUGAAGAAGACAGAAGAACAAUGAUAGCACCAACUUUAAGGGUUGAAUUUCCACUGCAAUGUUCACUUAAGGGCUCUAUUCUGUCCGGAUCUCUGAAGCAUUACAGGUCUCUGAAGAGUUACAGAUCGCUGAAGCGUUACAGAUCUCUGAAAAGUUACAGAUCUCUGAAGAGUUACAGAUCUCUGAAGAGUUACAGAUCUCAGAUCUCUGGUUCCAUUCCAUUACAGAUCUCUGAAGCGCUACAGAUCUCUGAAGAGUUACAGAUCUCUGAAGAGUUACAGAUCUCUGAAGAGUUACAGGUCUCUGAAGAGUUACAGAUCUCUGAAGAGUUACAGAUCUCUGAAGAGUUACAGAUCUCUGAAGAGUUACAGGUCUCUGAAGAGUUACAGAUCUCUGAAGAGUUACAGAUCUCAGAUCUCUGGUUCCAUUCCAUUCCAGAUCUCUGAAGAGUUACAGAUCUCUGAAGAGCUACAGAUCCCUGAAGCAUUACAGAUCUCUGAAGAGUUACAGAUCCCUGAAGCAUUACAGAUCUCUGAAGAGUUACAGAUCCCUGAAGCAUUACACAUCUCUGAAGAGUUACAGAUCCCUGAAGCUUUACAGAUCUCUGAAGCGUUACAGAUUGCGCAAUAGAAAUGUAAAUGUAAGAUUGAGCCGACGUAAUGCAGCGUUUACCGUGAAUGCAGUAUCCACUAACGCAGGAACAUUACCUUUAAAUUUCAAUCAUGAUGUAACGCUGAACCUCCGCUAUACUUAUUGAAUAGAGCCCUUAGUCUCCCACUGACGUCAAUGCAUGGCCAAGUGAAAAUUCCACAUGUUCCCCUAGAUAAGACUUAAUAAAGUUGAACAUUUAAAUAAUAUGGAUGUGUAUUCUCAGAUUUUUGAAGAGCAAUCAUGUGGUAUUCCUUUAUGUUCCCACUGAAACCAAAAUAAUAUGUAAAUUACAUUUUGAAAAUGUAUGCAGGUUUGCAUUUGUAUGUAUUCAAAGAAAACAUGAGCAUUAAUUAAGAUACAAGACUAUAUUUGAUGGGAAAUGUUUGGAUGUUUUUUCUGUUUACUGAUCAUGAUAGCCCGUCCAAUCAAGAUAUUUUUGAAAAAUAAAAUGAUGAUACAAACU